AUGGCGUCUGCGCUGUGUCUCCUGUCUGCCGCCUUUUUGCUCUCUGCAGAGACGCGACGCACCCUGCGGGAAGACGAGGGCGAUGGCGAAACGGUUGCAGCCUCGCUGCUGCCAGGCCGGCGGCGCGUGCUUCUCCGCGCCCUCCCCGACAGCCUCCCGCGGUGCUCGCAGUGGAAGAAAAUAUCCUUCGCAGCUCUCUCCGUCGCCGCAGACGGCCGCCCGCCGCACCGGGUCAGAGUCGCAGCCUCUGCAGCCGCGGACGGCGAGAAGGCCACUCCCGAGGGCGACGGCGACGGCGCGACGGCGACAGCGACGGCGACGGAGUUGGGGGAGGACGCGGAGAACAAGACAAAGCGUGGCGCGGAAGGAGGCGAGAGCGCCGGCGGCCGAGUCUCGUCUGCUUCAGGCCACGCAGCGCCUGCAGCGCCCGCGUCGCCUUCAGAGGAGCUGUGGGAAGCGUCGCUGAGGGAGGCGGUCGCCGCCGUGGCGGCGAAGGCCCGUCUCGUCGUCGUCGGCAUCCAACAACUCCGGCGGCGCGACCGCGAGGCUUGGCGUGAGUGCCUCGACUCUUUGUUCCUCUCCCGCGCGGAUUUUGUCACUCCGAAAAACGGAGACUCUCCUUCGUCUUCAUCGGCGGCUUGCUCCGCUGAGGCGGGCCGCGCGGCGCCGGCGUUUGAGCGCGUUUUCUCAACAGUGCCGCAGCGCUUUGAGAAUCAGCUGCUUCUGGUGUACAUCCACCCCUCGCUCGCCGCGCACUUGUGUGUUCUAGACGUCGCGGCCGUUCAGCUGCGCGCCUCCCGUGGCACCCCCAGGCACGACGACGGGAGUCCCCGCGGAGAUUCCGCCCGCCAGGCGUCGCCGUCUGAGGAAGGCGGUUCAACCGCCGGCGCGACAUCGCCGCAGCUCGCGAACGCGGAGGCAAUCGAGGACGGAAACGCGCGAGCGGGCGGCGCCGACACCGACACCGACGCGCAGGCGGACUCUGGCCUGUUCCCCGGCGGCGUGGCGGUGCGCCUGAUGCUGUUCAACUCGGUUCUGAACUGUGUUGCAGUCGACAUCUUCCGCGACGAGCAGGCUGAGCCGGGGGCGUUCGGGGGGGACGCGCGGAGGCGACGGCGCAGCGCGAUCAAAGCCUUGAAGUGUCAGCGACUCUGCUCCAUCUUGAACGGGUUGCACUUCAAAAUCGACGACGCCUGGCAGCCGGUCACCUCCUGUCUGCCUCUCCUCGUGGUCGGUGCGCCAGACUUGCUCGCGCCAGGGCCAGGCGCGCUGCACGUGCGAGUGACUCCGCCUGCGGCUUCAGAAGGCGCAGGAGCCCGGCUCGCCUGCGCUGCGUCGUCUGGAGCGCCGUUUUUCCUUCGUGUCCAGGCGGGCGAAAACUGGGCGCAGAAAAUCGAACUGCACCAAGCCCUCGCGGCCGCCGCCGCGCUGCGCAGGCCCGACGUCAGCAGCUCCGCUGAAGGCUGCGAAGAGGCACAGCUUCGCGCGGCGCCGAGCAGCGGAGGUCCGCACGAAGACGGCGACCUCCGCUGCGCCUGGAUAGAGGGCAGCUGGUCAGUGGCGGUCACCGAUGUCAAUCUCCUCAGGAGCGCAUACAAGAAACUCACGAGUCUCCUUACGACAGCGGCGCCGGGAGAGUUCAGCCGCGUCAGCGUCGACCCGCCGCUUUUGGAUCUCCCUCCUGUGCGCCCAUUCGAACCUCUUCCGUUCUGCGUCUGCAUCUCCAACGAACACGCGCUGUUGCCAGCCUCCUACUCCAUCUUGUGCCUCGGCGCGUCGGGACGUUCGAUUGUCCCUCUAGUUUCGCGAUCGCGUCUUCACUCGAGAGACUCUCACGCGGCGCUCGCCGUGCCUGUUUCGGCGCUUACGUUGCCCGUGUCGGUCUCGACGCAACCGUCGUGUAAGAAUUCACCAUCUUCUUUUUCGUCAUCCUCUUCGUCUUCAUCGUCUUCGUCUUCCUCCUCGUCUUCCUCUUCGUCUUCAUCGUCUUCGUCUUCCUCCUCGUCUUCAUCAUCUUCGUCCUCCUCUUCGUCCUCCUCUUCUUCCUCCUCUUCUUCAUCUGUCGCAGGGUCGCUCGCCACUUCGCGUUCGGUCUCUGUCCUGCGGUCGCCGUCUGCGUCGUCUGCCUCCGCUUCUUCUGCCUCGGCGUCUGGGAGUUCGUCGCUUGCGGCGUCGCUCGCGUCCUCGUUUUCUUCUUCGCUCUCCUCGUGGGCGGCGUCGGCGACCUUCGCCGCGCGCGCAGUGCAGAGCGAGCGCGGCAGCGGCGUGUCCGUCUCGGCGGACGCGGACGCGGCGCGAGGAGGCAGCCAGCGCGGCGACAAGAGGCAGGCGCCUUCUGCGGCGGCAGGCUCCACUUCUGCGGAGGCGCUCACGCGCGCGCCGCAGGGCGAAGAGGACGCGGAAAGCGAGACAGCCUCCGCGUCCGGGAGCACACGGGGCGGGCGGCGGGGGGACAAGAAAGCCAAGUCGCUUAGGCUCGAGAAGUGGCUGCACGUCGAUCGGCCGCAGGGCUACAUCCCGCCAGGCGGCUCCGCGCUGCUGCACCUGACGCUGAAUGUGCAGGAAUCCGUCCUGCAGGCGCAGGAUCUCGCGGCAGCCGUCCUCGUGAUUCGCCUCGACGACAGCGGGCAGGACGUCUUCUUCUCGCUCUCCACGUCGGUCCUGCCCUCGCUCUUCGGCGCGUCGCCCGCGGAACUCCAGUCGCUCCACGCGCGCUCGCUCGUCGCAGCCCCACUUGCGCCGCCGCCGCCCAGCUCCUCGCCUGAGGCGUCGCCGUCGCUCCCGUCCCCCGACGCGUCCGCGUCUGCGCUGGGCGAGAAGAGCGGAGCCAAGUCAGCGGAGAGAAGAGACUCCGCGCCGGCCGGCGCACAUCCGGCAGAGGAGGGGGAGGCGCGAGUGCAAGAGUCAAAACCCGGUCGCGAGGUCAGCGAGAAGAGCCCGCUUCCGAAGGAGAUCUGGUGGCUCCUCGUGCACAUCUUCGGCCGCCUGCAAGCGUGGAAAAGGGAAGACGCGAGUCGAGCAAAGUUGAGCGACGCGUCCGCCGCCCACGCGGCAGACGAAUUGCCGACCUCUCCUUCCCUGCUCGCCUCCGCUUCGUCUGCGUCGCUUCCAUCUCUGCCCUCGUCGCGCCUCUCUUCUGCUGCCUCUCCUUCGUACUCAGCUUGCUCGGCCGCGCACUGUCAUCCGCCGCAGGCUAGUGGAGGGGCGAGCGGGCGCUUCAACCUGGCGCGCUUCCUCGCAAGCACCGGCAGCGCCUCGCUCCGCAGACCCUUCUACCUCCAGGGCAACGAGGCAUUCUUCCGCCGCGAGCACGAGGGCGACGAAAAGCAGCGGUACCGCUGCGCCUGGGGGACAUGUGCACCCGCCCCGGGGCAUUUGACCCCCCUGGCGCGAGGAGACCCCUCGGCAAGCGAGGCGUCGCGGGGGGAGGCGGGUUGCGAAGAGGAGACUGCGGACGCGGCGCGAGAAGGCGUCGUGCGGUCUCCAUCACACCGCGACUGCGAUCCUAAAGGCAGCUCUGCAUUCGAGGGAGAGACACUCGGCUGCCUCUGCGCGGCGUGCGACUUGCGGGAUGAGUCUUUUUCGAAAGAAGAAAAUGAGGAGAGGACGCGAGAGCGACGACUCACGGAAGAGGCCGAGUUCGUUCGCAUGUGCGUCGAGAGCGGGGCGACCGUCCCGUCCACGGUCUCCGUCGAGGCUGCGCUCAUGGUUCUGGCGAGUUGGGGGGCCUCUGUGGUGAUCGUGCCUCCCGAGUUCGCUGUCCGCGAAGUGGAGGAAGACAGUCUCCAUUUUCUCUGCAGGGCGAUGCUGCUCAGCCUGCCAACGGUUCAGCGGAAUCUGUUCCUUUCGAUCGUCUCGCUCUGUCGCGAGCUGCUGGCCUUCGCCCGCGCUCCUUCGCGCGUCGCAGACGCCCCCGAGAGCGGCUUCGAAGCCUUGAAGGAGGACGCCGACAGAGAAGAAGAGAGGGACUUGGAGACCGACGGCCUCCUCCAGCAGGCGAUGACGGCCUGGCUGGCGCGAUGGAUGAUGCCCGGCACCCCCCCUGAUGUCGCGGCGCUCGUGCUAGACCAUUUCCUGCGCUCCUAA